AUGGCUAGUCCCGCUGCUAAGAAAGCGCACAACGCCAACAACACAGUCAACGCGGCCCUCCAAACUAAGGUUCUCGGUACCAUCAACCAGUGGCUCGGUGACAUCAAGGUAGUGAAUAACUUUGUCGACACCGCCGGCCAGCUAAAGAGCAACGCGGAUAUCAGCAAGGCCGCCGCGACUGCUUUCGUAGCCGCGCAGAACGAGGGGGACUCGAGCAAUGCCUUACAGGCGGAUGUCCAGCUUGACGCCAAGGGCAAGGCAGCCGCGCAAGCCCUUAAUGCCCAAUUCAACAUCAUUGGCCCCGCGAUCAACGAUACCGUUGCGAACCCGCAGAAUCUACAGGCCAAUCUGGCCAAGAUCAAUGCAGCUCGCUGCCCAGCCCCUGUUGGACAGGACGCGAUCGGCAAUGAGGGCGCCGUGCAGGCUGCAGCCGCCAAGGCUGUCGGCACCACUUCGGCGCCGCCAGAUGUCCCCAACGCAUGCAAGAAAACAGCUGGAGCAGCUGGUCGAAAAGACGUUGGAGCAGCGAGUGACAAGGCGAUUAAAGGCGAUGAAGCUUAA